AUGGAUGCCGAUGUCGAUGGGAUCGAUGAUGACGAUGACGACGACAAUACUGGUAUUUUUUGCAUCGCCAAUGACUGCCACAGUGAGAAAGAUGACGCCCUCACUGGUGAAGACAACGAUCUUUCAGCAGUGCACUCGAAGCGCACUGCCGUUGACAAGAAAGAAACAGAAGAGAAAUUAUGCUGA